AUGUAUUCUAUGUCAGCUGUUGUUCUCAUCUUUGCUUUAUUGGCCUUUUCUUUGUUUGCUUGUUUGUUUGUUAUUAACACCGCGUCACUUCUAUGUAUGAUGCUUUUUCCCUUUCUUCUUUCUUCUUUUAAAGAAGCCGUGGCUUCUCCGUGUGGUCCUCUCCAUCUCCUCACAAAAGUACAACACCUUCUCUUCAUGUGUGCAGCUGUACACUUCCCGAAAAGCGCUAUAUUACGGUUUCUUUUAGUUUCUCUUAAUUUCUUUUACAGUGACUCCUUUUUCUUGUUGUUGUUGUUGUUGUGUAUUCACUUCGUCAUCUUCGUGGUUGUUAUUGAUGUCGUCGUUUCUUAUUAUUUGUGUUUUCUCUCGGCGCAUGUGCGAACUCUAUUAUUACUAUUAUUUUUCCGCAUUUUGUGUUUGUAG